GAACUGGGAAGGGUGGCUCGUUGGGAUCAGUACCGCAUGAUUUCGCGCCGUCCUGACCUGCUCCCGGAGGCAGAGCUCUAGAAGGUCUGUGUUACCGCGAUUCGCGUUGCUGGAGAGUUGGAAUGGGACUUGCCCGGGCUUUCAUGCCGACGGGAGCCCAGCCCUUGGCGGUAGACGGCUAUCGGUUCCAACGGAAGCCCUCCGAGUAAGCGUCCUUUGGGGCGCGGAGUAGUCGUGGCUGGUCCAUUUUGAAGCAAGAGCUGGAGCGAGCUCUGAAGUCCACUCUUGGCCUCAGCUGUACUAACCCUCUCACCUGCUGAUGGAAACCUACUUAGGAGAGGACGGCCUUGAUAAAAAGCCGAGGAAACUGAAAAGAGAUCAGGGCAAACUUCAACACCACGACAUGAAGACAGUGACCUAUGAUGAUGUUCAUGUUAACUUCACUCUGGAAGAGUGGGCUUUGCUGAAUCCUUCCCAGAAGAAUCUGUACAAAGAUGUGAUGCUGGAGACCUACGGGAACCUAACUGCUGUAGGCUACAGUUGGGAAGACAAAUAUACUGAAAAAUAUUGUCAAAGUUCUAGAAGACAUGGAAGGCAUGAAAGAAAUCAUACUGAAGAGAAACUGUUUGAAAAUACUCAAUGUGUUAAAACUUUUCCAUAUCACAGUCAUCUUCAGAUACAUAAAAGAACACAUGCUGGAGAGAAACCCUAUGAAUGUAAUCAGAGUGAUAAAGCCUUUGCAUAUUAUAGUCAUCACCAAAGUCAAAAAAGAACACAUGAAUGUAACCAGUGUGGAAAAGCCUUUACACGUCAUAAUCAUCUACUAAUACAUAAAAGAAAGCAUACUGGUGACAAACCCUAUGAAUGUAAUCAGUGUGGUAAAGCCUUUUCACAACACAGUAAUCUCCAGCAUCAUAAAAGAAUACAUUCUGGAGAGAAACCUUAUAAAUGUAAGCAGUGUGGUAAAGCCUUUACACGUCGUAGUCAUCUUGUAAUACAUAAAAGAAAACAUACUGGAGAGAAACCGUAUGAAUGUAAUCAGUGUGGUAAAGCCUUUUCACAACACAGUAAUCUCCAAUAUCAUAAAAGAAUACAUUCUGGAGAGAAACCCUAUGAAUGUAAGCAGUGUGGUAAAGCCUUUACACGUCAUAGUCAUCUUGUAAUACAUAAAAGAAAACAUACUGGAGAGAAACCGUAUGAAUGUAAGCAGUGUGGUAAAACUUUUGUAUGUCAGAGUAGUCUCAAAAUACAUAAAAGAACACAUACUGGAGAGAAACCCUAUGAAUGCAACCAAUGUGGUAAAGCCUUUGCAUAUCACAGUAAUAUCAAAAUACAUGAAAGAAUUCAUGUUAGAGAGAAACCUUAUAAAUGUAACCAAUGUGGUAAAACCUUUUUACGUCAUGCUUAUCUUCAGCAACAUAAAAGAACACAUACUGGAGAGAAACCUUAAAAUUUAAUCAAUGUGAAAAGCCUUUGCAUAUUACAGUCAUCACCAAAGACAUAAAAGAAGACAUGCUGAAAAGAAGCCCUAUGAAUACAAUAAACGUGGUAAAGCCAUUACACAACACAGAUAUGUUCAAUGCAUGAAAUAACACUGGAGGAGAACCUUAUGAAUGUCAUCAGUGUGACAAAGCAUUUGUAAUUAAAGUAGUCUCCUAAAAUUAAAAGAACUCAUAUUCAUACUCAAGAAGAAACUUAUGAAUGUAAUCAAUGUGGUAAAACCUUAGCAUGUAUCAGUAGUCUUCAAAAUACUGAGAAAAAAACAUACUGCAGAGAAACCCUAUUAAUGUAGUCAGUGUGGCAGAGUUAUGCAGUUCAUGGUAGUCUUUACACAAGAGUAAACAUUUACUAUGUAACUGGGCUUUUAAUGCCUGUACAUAUCACAUAAAUCUUUGAUGAUCUGAAAAAAUGCAUACUAUAGGAAAAAAUACUAUAAAGGAUUUGGUAAGAUCUUUAGUUAAUAUACCUACAUUCCAUUACACAAGAUUAUUUUUUUCUGGAAAAACAAAACCUGGCAAGUAUCAGCAAUUUGUUAAAGAAUUAUGAUGUCUUUGUACAUGCACACUCAUAGACAAAAGCCUAUGAGUUUAAAGUAACCCUUUUAGAUUUCAUACUUCUUUUUAAUCAUAGGAAAUAAGAAAU